CUCGUUUAUAUAUAAACUGAUUGACCAGUACGGGUCAAUUAAAGUUUGCAAUACCUCUGAAAAAUGGGUACUCUAUAUCUGGUGGCGAUUUGCCUCAUGGCUAGCACCACUGCAGUUCUAGGUGCCCCAGACAACCGUGGUACAGACUUCAUCAUAGGUUUUAUGGAAAAUUAUAUCAUGGGUUCGUACGUACAGUGUGAGCUGUUUGUGACGACCGCCCGGACCACUGUGGUCAGUGUAAAGGUAGACUCACCAAAAUGUACCAGCCCAAAAAUCUCAGCGUCAUUCUCUAUAACGGCAGGCAAGGUGAAACAGCUGAUUUUUGAUUACAGAAUAAGAGUUGUUGGAUCAAGAAAAGAGAGUAAAGGAAUAUUGGUAAAAGCAACUGAUGAAAUUGUCAUCUACGGAAUAAAUAAGGAAAGGUACUCCAACGAUGGCUUUGUCGGUCUUCCUCUCGACGUCUUGUCCGAUGAGUACUACGUCGUUGCGUGGUAUCCACCAUACAGGCAGUGUGAGCUGAUGGUUGUAGGGGUGGAAGAUUCUACCGUGGCAAGCGUGACCCUCGGGCAGCACAUCGGGUCCAGGAAUGUAAAGUAUGGAGGCAGAACUUACUAUAAAGGCAAUACGGUAAAGGAAACUCUAAACAAGUACGACACAUGGCAGCUUGUCAGUACUGGCGACCUGACCGGAACUUACGUCACAUCUACCAAAAAGGUUGCCGUAUUUUCUGGAAACAAGAAGACAAAAAUUGGAGCUGGGGGUUCCCAAGAUCAUUUGGUUGAACAAAUGACCCCAGUAGACACAUGGGGUAAAAACUUUGCUACGGUUCCAAUCCCGAAGAGAACUGUUGGUGAUUAUUUCAAAUUCAUUGCCAGCGAAGAUAGCACUACAGUUAAAAUAACGGGAGGAUAUACGUCUACUUUUACGAUAUCGAAAAAGGGAGGAAUGGUACAGAAGCUUAUUUCAUCCAAAGCAUACUGUAGGAUUGUAGCAGACAAACCAAUCAUGGUAACCCAAUUCGUUCAGUCCCAGCAGAGCUCCUCCGAACCUUCCGAUCCCUCCAUGCUGAUCAUUCCUCCUGUUGAACAGUACGGCGCAGAUUACACAUUUGCUACCCCGAAGUACUCUCAGGGCUCGUAUGAAAAUUUCUUUAUGUUUAUCGUUGAGGCGAGCGAAGCCUCUGGUCUAAGAAUUAAUGGUAAAGCGUUUCCUACAAAUACAGUGUAUAAAGCAAUUUCUGGAACCACCCUCAUAGGGGGGUAUAUAUCAAUUACUGAGGGAACCCACACAGUCCGACACAUAUCCCCUAUCGCCAUUUUUGGAGGAUUUUUAUACGGCCGAGCCUCCGCUGAAACCUACGGAUUUACCACUGGGAUGAGAAUGGCCAAAGUCAAUACGGUCUGUGUCCCUACGCCGACAGUUACAGGAGAUGGUAUAGACAACGACUGUGACGGAAAAAUCGACGAGGAGCUAUGUACCCCGGAAAACCAAAACAAAGAUGAUGACGGGGAUGGAAAAGUAAACGAAGAUUGUGCUAAACCGCCACCUGUUGAUGGUGUGUGGGCUUCUUGGGCGUCAUACGGUGCAUGCUCUGUGACCUGUCAACCAACGUCGGGCACAGUAUCUGGAACCAAAACUCGAACAAGAACCUGUUCAAAUCCGGCCCCAGCUUAUGACGGAAAACAGUGUGUUGGUUCUGGAAGUGAAACCGUUUCAUGUACACCAACUAACGCAUGUAGAGCGGAAGUAGGCAACGUUCUAGGUCAUGUAAUAAUCCAGCGCCAGUGGGUGGCGGAAGUAACUGUGCAGGAAGUUCUACGUCAUCAACAACAUGCACACUGA